AUGUCGUCAAAACAGAUAAUAAAAUGUAAAAAUACAAAUUUAUUUUGUAAUAACUUAAUAAACAAUUUAAAUACAAAACAAUAUCGUUUUGCUGAAAAUUUCAUUUUCAUAUUGAAUAAACAUGAAAAAUACGACAAAACACGAAGUAUUGUGUAUGCUUUAUGCUGUGAAAAUAGUGAAAACAAUAAUGCUAAUUUUACAAAUACUACUGAUUAUGUUUUAGUGUCUAACAAAAAACUGAUGACAUCAUUUUACACAGUUAACAAAUAUUCCUGUUAA